AUGGGCUUGCUGAAGGGCCUUCUGCGAGCAAGGAAACUGCUGCUGGUCAUCUUGGUGCCGCUCCUGCUGCUGCCUCUGCCCAUGCUCCACCCCAGCAGCGAGACUGCGUGUGCUUACGUGCUGAUCGUGACUGCCGUGUACUGGGUGUCGGAGGCCGUGCCUCUCGGAGCUGCAGCCCUGGUGCCCGCCUUCCUCUACCCGUUCUUCGGAGUCCUCCGAUCCAGCGAGGUGGCAGCAGAGUACUUCAAGAACACCACGCUGCUGCUGGUGGGCGUCAUCUGCGUGGCGGCUGCUGUGGAGAAGUGGAACCUGCACAAGCGCAUUGCUCUGCGCAUGGUCAUCAUGGCCGGAGCCAAGCCGGGCAUGCUGCUGCUCUGCUUCAUGUGCUGCACCACGCUGCUCUCCAUGUGGCUCUCGAACACGUCCACCACCGCCAUGGUGAUGCCCAUCGUGGAGGCCGUGCUGCAGGAGCUGGUCAGUGCCGAGGAGGAGCAGCUGGUGGCCAGCAACUCCAGCAUCGAAGAGGCCGAGCCCAUCAGUCUCGAUGCGAACAAUAGCCAACCUUCUCUGGAACUCAUCUUUGUCAAUGAAGACACCUCGACGACAGACUUCACUUCUCUGAUGCAGAACAAGAGCCUGAAUGGUGCGCAUACAGUCACCAACCCCGUCAAAACUGCAAACCACCAGGGCAGGAAGCAGCACCCACCCCAGGAAAAGCCACUAGUCCUGACCUCCGGCCCCAGGAACCAGGAACUCCACAGAAAGUACAAGUCCCAGCACGACCAAAUGAUCUGCAAGUGCCUGUCCCUGAGCAUAUCCUAUGCCGCGACCAUCGGGGGCCUGACCACCAUCAUUGGCACCUCCACCAGCCUCAUUUUCUUGGAACACUUCAACAACCAGUAUCCAGCUGCAGAAGUGGUCAACUUUGGCACCUGGUUCCUCUUCAGCUUCCCUAUCUCCCUCAUCAUGCUGGUGGUCAGCUGGUUUUGGAUGCACUGGUUGUUCCUGGGCUGCAAUUUUAAAGAGACCUGCUCUCUGAGCAAAAAGAAUAAGACCAAAAGGGAAGAGUUGUCAGAGAAGAGGAUCCGAGAGGAAUAUGAAAAGCUGGGAGCCAUCAGCUACCCUGAAAUGGUGACCGGAUUUUUCUUCAUCCUGAUGACGGUGCUGUGGUUCACGCGGGAGCCUGGCUUCGUUCCCGGCUGGGACUCGUUCUUUGAAAAGAAAGGCUACCGCACCGAUGCCACCGUCUCCGUCUUCCUCGGCUUCCUCCUCUUCCUGAUUCCAGCGAAGAAGCCUUGCUUUAGGAAAAAGAAGGAUGGGGAGGACCGGAAGCCCUCGCCGGGGACGGAGCCCAUCAUCACGUGGAAGGACUUCCAGAAGACCAUGCCCUGGGAGAUUGUCAUUCUGGUGGGAGGAGGCUAUGCUCUGGCUUCGGGCAGCAAGAGCUCUGGCCUCUCCACCUGGAUUGGGCACCAGAUGUUGUCCCUGAGCAGCCUGCCGCCGUGGGCUGUCACCCUGCUGGCAUGCAUCCUGGUGUCCAUUGUCACAGAGUUUGUGAGCAACCCGGCCACCAUCACCAUCUUCCUGCCCAUCCUGUGCAGCCUGUCCGAAACGCUGCACAUUAACCCACUCUACACCCUGAUCCCAGUCACCAUGUGCAUCUCCUUUGCAGUGAUGCUGCCCGUGGGCAAUCCCCCCAACGCCAUCGUCUUCAGUUACGGGCACUGCCAGAUCAAAGACAUGGUGAAAGCUGGCCUGGGGGUCAAUAUUAUUGGCCUGGUGAUAGUGAUGGUGGCCAUCAAUACAUGGGGAGUUAGCCUCUUCCACUUGGACACUUUCCCAGCCUGGGCUAAGGUCAGUAACAUCACCGACCAGGCCUAACACAGUGGGCAAACGGCCAACCAAAGGAGCUGCCAGCGCCCAGCAGAACCUGACCUAUGGGCCAGGAAAACCAACAGGAGCACCGAACCCCAGCAGAAGAUCCG